AUGGCUCGAAGGAGGAAACCACCGCGAAGUGGCGCCAUUGCUGAGCUGCCACCUCUCCGCAUAGCCGGACAGAUUGCGGCGCUUCAGGCGAUAUACUAUGCUGCGGCCUUGGUCCUCAUGCUUUUCAUGUCGCUUGUUGCUGGAACUGGGUUCAGCCUCGACUUGGUGUUUGGCUGGGGCUCGUUGCGCGGCGACACGACACAGGGCUGGCUGGUGGGCUUUGUGUGGUUAUGUUGCGCUGGUGCUGUUGUUAUUGGCCUUGUCGCACUAAUAGCACGCUCCAAACUGAUACCCGAUUUCGCGUUGACGCUCCACUUUAUACAUCUCGUCGUGGUCUACUUGUACACUGGCUUGCUGCCACGGUUCGCCAUGUGGUGGAUAACAAUGGGUGUGUCGAGCGCUGCUACCGUUGCCCUCGGUGUAUACGGCUGUAGAUGGCGAGAAUUGCGGCCUAUAUCCUUUGGUGGUACUGCCAGAUCGAACAACGAGCAGAGCGCGGCAGAAAAUGGUCUUGCUGAUGGCGGAUCGGCCGCUGGCGACGAAGAGAUGGGUUUCUCCAGGGGAAGAGGCAGAGGCAGAGGCAGGGAUGGCGCCGGAGAAUAUGAAAUGGUGGGCCUCAAGCCUGAAGACAGGUAA